CGACAUCGCCUAUGCAUCAUGGCGGCGCCCAAGCGCGGUGGUCUCGAGAAAGCAGCGGCUGGUGUUUUGACAAGAGCAGUUGAGCAUGAUCAAGCAACUCGCUACACAUCUGCACUGGUGUGCUACCAAGAAGGAAUACAGCUGCUCAUUGACGCGCUUAAAGAAACUUCGGACACUAUCAAACGCGAUCAUCUCAGGAACCGGGUGAAGACGUACAUGGAAAGAGCCGAAAAAAUUAAAGAACUGGUUCGAAAAGAAAAGGCCGCGGGAACAUACCACGAGCAAAUCCACAUCGAAAGCGGCUCUGUUGGACACAGUUAUGACCAAAUGUUCGGACAUUUACUGGACGACAUGGUGACGUCUGUAGAAGUCGACGACCCCUACGUUCGGUCGGUACACCAGGUUCAGAACUUUGUUCGUUUGUGCGAGCUACUGAAAAAGAAGUGUCCAUGUUUGCGGAAUGUCAAGCUAACGACGGGACUUGACCAGCGUGACCAGCAGUCUCAACUUGAUAGGUUGUCACAAGUCAAGGCAAGUCUUGCUGACUAUGGCAUCGUCAUGGCUAUUGAGUAUUCUGAAACCCUGCAUGAUCGCGAAAUAAGGCUAGAUACAGGCUGGAUUAUCAAGAUAGGAAGAGGAUUGGACUACUUUCGCCCAGUUGCCACCAAAUUCAGUCUUGGAUUCUUUGACCAUGACCUGAGAACUUGUCACGAGACAACCAUUGACAUCUUUCACAGAAACUAUGUUCAUACAUCGUGAGAGUUCACUCGUUUUCAACAUCUGGAAAAGAACAGUGGAGAACUUCACCUGUGGGGUCGUCACCAAAGAGCACUGUGCACGGCACAACAGCAAAACCUCAUUGCACUGACUUCCUAAUUGUUUGAGAGACUUUGCGUGUUUGGAAAUAAUCAAUGCAGACAAGCCGGUCAUCCCACAUGUGUCUCUGUCCAGCUUGCAGCAGUCGGCUGUAUAGAUGCACAGAUCCUUUGGCAUAGGGAACUAUAAUAUACAAGUGGUGUCACUGGUAUAAUAAAUAGCCAUGUAACAAUCAGAA